AUGCUGUCGCUCGCAACGCUAACACCUGGCGACGAUGCUCCCGGUCCCCUCUCCCCUGCUCCCGGCGGUCGUCGUCGCCUCAAGCUCGACAAAGCCGGCCGGCCCGCCGUGCCUUGCGCCGCCGCCUCUACCGCCGUCGUUCCGGGUCUCCGCGCAAGCGACCUCGAGAGUUCCGCCGCGGAUGCGCUGCUAGAUGCGGACCCUGACGAGCCCGGUGCCGGCGCAAACGCUUCCGCCUACGCGGACGAUGACGUCAGCAUCGACAUUCCCGUUGACUUGGACAGACUUUUCCGCAAAUGCGCGGAGCAGCAGCAGAUGCUGCGGGAGGCGGAAGGGGGAGGAGGAACGGGCGGAAGGGGACUUGGGGGGGACACCGCUUGGCACCUGUCGACCUUGGCGGAAGCGGGGAAGCAGGGGAUGACUAAACUAUGGGCGGUUCUAGGGACAGGCGGUAAGGCUGCUUUAGGGGCAACAGGAGCCGUAUUCCCAUCUACUGGGUCUCGUGGGAGUGCUGAUUCUAGGGAUGAUGCUCAUGGAAGGACAGAAGAGAAUAAGGGAGGCGGCCGGCCGGGCGAGCAGGUCCUGAAGGAAGCUGCUACUGCUACUGCUACUGCGGCUGCUACUAACGAGUAUAAGGCAAUGCAUUUUCGGAGCAAGUCAGUGGCGGAGGGUCGGACAGGGUACAUUGGCCUAUCAGGAUCCGACACGUCACCAGAGGGGAAAUGCAGCAGCAGCAGCAGCAGCAGCAGCAGCAGCGGUGCGAAGUCCACAACCACUAACCGAAACACUAACACCGACAACACAGACAAUAACGCCGACAGUCACACUAAGAGUCACAAUUCCACCAAGGCAGCCGGCCUUUGGAAUCGACAAUCCCUUUCCUUCCACCAACACCACCAGCGCUCAAAAUCCGUCACGGCUGCUCCGUUGGAUUUCCGGGUCGGGCUUGACCCAACGGUCGAGAUCGCGUUGCCGAGCCACAGUGGCAGGAGAAUCAGCAUGACGGUCAAAGGCAGGAAAAGCAGCAGCAGCAGGGUUGAAUCAACACAAGGGAUGGUGCUGGGAAGCCUUUUCUCUGCAUCGUCAACAGCAGCACCAGCAGGAGCGGGAGGAGCAGCAGCGGCUGCAGCUUUGGAUGAGUCUGUUUUGUCUGUACUCAGGUUUGAGCCCAACGCCGCUGCUGCCAGGAUGCGAGUCGAAACUGCUAAGGGUGUGUCCCUCUUACUAGAUGCUUCCACUGGGCAGAUUCUAGCUGCUAGCGAAGCAGCUAAUAGGGAGGCUGGAGGGGCUGCACCAAGUGCAAGGGAGGACAGGGAAGGCGGGAUGGGGCGAGAGGGACAGACGCAGCAGCAGCAGCAAUUGCUUGUAGGACGAUCAGUGUUUGAGUUGACUAACGGCAAGAUGACUAUAGCGAACUGGAAGGCGGCAGUGGCGGCUCUGCCCCCUGAUAGAGUCGCAGAGAGCGUCAUUCUCAGGUUCCGGUUCGCCCCUGUGGGUGGAACCUCCCCUAGUAGCAGCCGCCGCUGCAGCAGCAGCAGCAGUAGUAGCAGCAGAAGCAGCAGCAGUUGGAGUGAUGAUGGCGCUGGUGGUGGGGAAGGCGCAGGAGGUGCAGGUGGGUCUGGAGGGGCGCUGUGCGGUCGAAUUGUGGACCUGAGGUUGAGACGCACUGCUGUGCAGCAGGACGAGCUGCCGCUGCUGUCGCACCGAAAGAAUUCAGAGCUUUGUGGGUCAGAGUUUGGCGAUAUGGGGGGAGAAGCAGUGGGGACAGGUGGAGCGAGAGGGAGAAGAGGGGACGGUAGAGGGAGGAAUAAGGGGGGAGGGGAAGGGAGGAUAUUAGAGGGGAGGGUAUCGAAACGGAGAGAUUCAGAAGGGAGGAAUAGGAAGAUGCAGACAGAUGAUGGGGAGGAGGAGAAGGGAGGGCAGAAGAUGGGGAUGCGACUGAAAAUGGCACAGGGAGAGGAGGAACAAAGGGCGGAGAUGUCUGAUGGGAGGCAGGAGAGGAGGGAGGAGAGGGAGGAAUGGGAGGAGAGAGAGGAAUGGGAGGAGAGAGAGGCAUGGGAGGAGAGGCAGGAGGGAAGGGAGAGGAAGGUGAGGGGAGCGGAGGAUAUAAGGAGGGCCAAGGAGCAAGGCGAUGGGCGGUCGAGUGUGCCGCCCUUUCUGCGUAACCUGCGGUCCAAGAGCCUUGUUGACUUGCCGCGGUGGCGGCGCAGGGUGGUGGGAGGUGACAGUGAAGGGGGCUCUACCGUUGCUGACACGGAUGGUGGUGAUGAUGCUGAUGAUGGGAGUGAUGAUGAUUUUGGUAGUGGUGAUGACGAUGAUGAUGAUGAUGACAAUGGCGAUGGUGAUGGUGAUGGUGAUGGUGAUGGUGAUGGUGAUGGUGAUGGUGAUGGUGAUGGUGAUGGUAGUGGUGAUGAUGAUGGUACUGAGGACGAUGACGAGGAGGAGGAGGAGGAGGAUGGUGAUGGUGAUGAUGUGAGUGACAGUGAUAGCAGGGACGGUAUCACACCAAGAAGACACACCAGAGUCACGACUUCGACCAUACGACUCAGUAGCAACUCUGCUGCUGCCGGUACUGCCAGUGCUGCUGGUGCUGCCAAUGCGGCAAGGGGUGCUAUCAACUUUACCCUCUCCCGCGUGAGCACCUUCGCUCGAUCCCUCACCUCCUCCACAACCUCCCGCCCCGUUCUCAGGCGCCUCAAAACAGAUACCUCCAGUUCCUCCCGCCCGGUUCCAGUGCGCCGCAAAGCACAAGCUGCUGUUUACUCCCGCCCACUCAAAAUAGCUCUGGGGAAGAACCAAGAGGCAUCUGGAAGGCCCACUUUCCUGCCUCGCUCUCUCACCACCUCCUCCUCCAGCCCUCUCAAGGCAGCUCUUAGGAAUAAUCAGAAGCCGCCUGGGAACUCAAGCCCCCACCGGCAAAAAGCAGAAAAUCCUGCCUUUUUGCCUCGCUCCCUCACCACCUCCUCCUCCUCCCGUCCCCUCAAGUCAGCCUUCAGGAAGAACCUUGAGACGUCUGGAAACUCAAGCCCCGGCCAGAAAACAGAAAACUUGGCUUUCUUGCCUCGCUCCCUCACUUCUUCCUCCUCCCGUCCUCUCAAGAUAGCGCUUGGAGGGAAGGUGAGAAGGUUGGAGGUUGGGCUUCGAGUGAGUGCCAUUGCUGGCGGAGUGAAGGUGGCAGGGAAGGCGGAUGAGGCUGUGGGUAGUGCCGGAAAAAGCAGAAUUGAUGGAAAACGCAGAAGCGAUGGCAAAUGUGAGAAUGACAGCAAGAGCAAGUGCGGCGGCAAUGGCAGCAGCGACAGCACCAGCAGACGCAAAAGCAGCAGAGAGUGCGGGGAAGGGGGAGGGCGCGAAGGGGAAGGGGGAGGGCGCACAGGAGAAGGGGGGGACCGUGCAGGGAAAGGGGGAAGGAGACUGGAAGAGGAUGGAGGAGGGAAGGUGGCAGGAGCAAGGCGGAGAGGAAGCGAGGCGGCAGGAGACUCGAGCUUGAUGGGUGCUGCAGGAGCAGCAGCAAGGGGGACAGAUGCAAGGGGUGCGGAAGCAGGGAGACAACACCUGAUGGAGCAGCAGAGGAGAGUGGUGGAGGGGAGGGAGUUUGUUGGUAGGGAGCGGAAAGGAGAGAGGGAGAGAGACAGGGCUGUGACGACACCAGAUGCCUCCUCUGCUGCUGCUGCUGCUGCUUCCUCGACUGUCAAGGGUGGGUCUGUGCGUUCACCGCACUCCACCUCUGCAAAGUUUGGUCUGAAAGUUGGGGUUGUGCGUUCACCGCAUUCCACCGCUGCUGCACGGGACGAGUGUGCACCAAGGAACAGGGAUGCCCCUAGAGGCAAGGCAGGGACCCCAAAGGCCAAGGCAGUGACACCGAAAGGCAAGCCAGGUCUCCCUUUCUCGCUUACACCCUCCCCACCCCUCUCCACCCCUCCUCACCUCCUCCCCAUCUCCUCCCUCUGCCAGCCGCCUCCCCCCUUUGACCAACAGAGGGUGGGAGGAGCGAGGGGGGAAGGAGCAAAAGGGGAAGGAACAAAAGGGGGAGGAGCAAGGGUGGGUGGAGAAAAAGUGGCAGGUAGAACGGAGGGAAGAGUAAUGACUGGAGCAGUGGGGGCGAGGGUGGGUGGGGGAAAGGCAGAGGAGGAGGAGGAGGAGGAGGAGGAGGAGGAGGAGGAGGAGGAGGAGGAGGAGGAGGAGGAGGAGGAGGAGGAGGAGGAGGACGAGGAGGAGGAGGAGGAGGAGGAGGAGGAGGAGGAGGAGGAGGAGGAGGAGGAGGAGGAGGAGGAGGAGGAGGAGGAGGAGGAGGAGGAGGAGGAGGAGGAGGAGAAGGAGGGGAAUGGGGGCGGGAUGGUUCCUGAUGGGAUGUCUCUGGGGGGGAUGGUUCCAGGCACGAUGGAGGGUUUGGGGAUGGGUGGUGGUAGGGGCAUGGUUGGCGGAAGUAUGGGUUAUGAGCAGCAGCAGCAGCAGCAGCAGCAGCAGCAGCAGCAGCAGCAGCAGCAGCAGCAGCAGUAA